CAUGCACCUUUCAACUUUGUUGUCGCUAUUAACAAAUUAGUAAUCCCAAGUUACGAGCACCAAAGGCAUAAUAUAAUGUUAAAUCAUCAAGGGCUAGAUAUCUAACAAGCUUUGACCCAGCUAAGAAUAUUGGACACCGUACCAUAAUAAAUAAAUAAACAAGAUUUCAUCACACUCCACUUAUUAUUUUGUUCAAAACGACAUACAUGCCUGAUACACCCUUAAUUGUUAUUCAUUCUGUAUGGUCACAAUAAUGUUGUCGCUAAGGUUCACUACCAUUCUCCUCAUUACAUUCAUUUUGCUACCUCUCACAUUUUCAACUGCACACCAAGUUUCGUCAUCAGUAAAGAAGACAUUGGUGGUUGCCGCUGGAAGCAUGCUUGAAAAUGCAAGAAGCCCACCGAACGUAGAGCAGAUUGGUGUGGCAGCAGUUGGUGAGAGUGAUAAAAGUACGAGGCUUAUUAUCCUCGGAAGGAAGAUGAUGAUGUCUAGAAAUUUAUCAAGUUCAAGCAUCAAGCCCAAAAAGCGUUGCGUACUUGCAAAGUGUAAUAACCAGCAGCAAGAAGUAGUAGGAAAAGCAAAUAAUUCAUUGAAUACAAAGGAAAAUGAUGGGUUCAUACCUUUGAACGCUGACUAUUUUGUUCCAAGGCCUCACCCUCCUAAGAAUAAUUGAUUCACUGAGGAAUGAACCAGUUUUGAAGCCAUCAUCACACUUAGUAUGUACUAGGAAGCAAUGCUAACUGUAUUGAGGAACAUAUAUUAUAAAGGAUGUGCAUUUUUUGCUUACACAUUCUCUCAUGUAUAUCUAUCUAAGCUUGGUUAGGUGGUUUAGUCAUUUUUGUCAGUUUCCUAGUUGUUGAUUGGGAUGCAUACAGAAUAUAUGUAAAAGAAAGAUUUCAAUAUUAGUGAGGGAUGUAUAUCACUGAUUUUGAUUUAUCA